GGCGGCGCGAGCGGCAAGACGACGGUCAAGUGCGUGUUCCUGGACGAGGACGACGAUGAGGACGAGGACGACGACGAGCUGCAGCUAAGGAUCAAGCAGGAGGCAGACGACGAGGACGAGGAGCCGCCGCACGCGCAGCUCCUGCAGCCCGCCGCGGGCCAGGCGGCCCCGCCGCUGCUCAGACGCUACAACGUGGCCAAGGUGCCGGCCAGCCCCACGCUGAGCAGCUCGGCCGAGUCCCCCGAGGGCGCCAGCCUCUACGAGGAGGUGCGGGCGGGCGCGCCCUCGGGCUCCGGGGCCGGCAGCCGCCUCUACUACAGCUUCAAGAACAUCACCAAGCAGCACCCGCCGGCGCUGGCGCAGCCCGCGCUGUCGCCCGCGUCCUCGCGCUCCGUCUCCACCUCCUCGGGCGCGGGCGGCGGCGGCGGCGAGGACGCCGACGACCUGAUGUUCGACCUGAGCUUGAAUUUCUCCCAAAGCGCGCACGGCGCGGGCGAGCAGCCGCUGGGGGCCGGCGCGGCGGCGGCGGCGGCGGCGGCCGGGAACCUGUCCCUGUCGCUGGUCGAUAAAGAUUUGGAUUCGUUCAGCGAGGGCAGCCUGGGCUCCCACUUCGAGUUCCCCGAUUACUGCACGCCCGAGCUGAGCGAGAUGAUCGCGGGGGACUGGCUGGAGGCGAACUUCUCCGACCUGGUGUUCACGUAUUGA